AUUUGAUGACAGCUGAAGUUUUACUCAAGAUAGUUUUCGUUGCGUCCAAAGGGCAAUAUGAGACAUUAGCAAGUUUAUGUUUGGCUGAGAUCAGAGGAAUCACUGGGAAAUGGCCAACCCACUCCGAGCAGAAGUAGUGCAACUGUACAAAACUUUGCUGUUUCUUGGCCGGGAGUAUCCGAAAGGAGCGGACUAUUUCAGAGACAGACUGAGGGCUGCGUUUGCCAAGAAUAAAGAUGUGCGCGACCCUGAGAAGAUCAAAGAGCUCAUCAGCCGAGGAGAAUUUGUGGUAAAAGAGCUCGAGGCGCUCUAUUACCUCCGGAAAUACAGAGCCUUGAAGAAGCGAUAUUAUGAAACAGAGUGACUAAAAUCCCAUGCUACAUGCCUCCUGAUAUUUACAUAAGAGAACAUCAGCAAUAGAAUGACUAAUGGCAACAUAUAUAGUUUAUUAUAUAUAAUUACACAUUUAAUCAGUAUUUUAUUUUAAUAAAAACAGCCAAAAAAUCAUAUAAAGUGAUUUUAUUUGAAGUCAGAAAUUCAAGUUUAGCUAUUGCUAAUAGUGUCGUAACAGGUUUGUUGCCACUGGU